AUGACUACGGAAGGACAAUCGCCCGAAGAGGUCAGCGGCCAAGCCGCAUUUUGGAUCCUCGCCUCAUUGGCCGCAGCUGCAGUUGUCCUCCCUUCUACCAGCAUUCGCAUGACAGGUCGUGAUCUUUUCGGCGGCAAUAUCGAUCUAGUGCGAUGUGUUCCAGGAGUUUCCUUGCUCGAUGGAAUCUGUGAUCUAGUAUUCCUGUCCAUAAGCACCUACAGGGUCCUCAGAGAACCGAAGCCAGUGCAACGUGUACGGCGAGCUCUGCCAAAAGUCAGUGUCGUUGCAGCUAAGCUGAUGCUGUCUAUUUUCACGGUAUUCCCUCAGACUAUCAAGGCCUUCAGCUUGAAAGGUGUUCCAGCUACACAGUUCUGUGCCUUUGUCUUCUUUUUUGCUUCAACAACUAGACUCUUGAUCGACCUGUGUGGCUUAGAACCCAAGGAACCUUUCACACCCCCAGAUGCAGGAGGUAAUGACCUCGACGUCAUCAUACUCCUCGUGCUACUAUUUCAAGCUCCCUUUCAACUUUGGAUUUGGCAUAACAUUAUUAUCUCUGUCAAGUUCCAGCUAUCAGAUGCUUUCUACCACGUACUUACCUGGUUGCUGUAUGUGGCGUUGCGUCGACGAUUCGAUAUCUCGGCUUCACCUUAUGUUGUCCCCGUUCGAGCAUUUUGGCUUUUCAUCAUUUCUCUGGCAGCAGUAAGAAGGCCGGAUAGACAUGAAGAUCGUCAGUCAGAGUCGCAAGCUACAGUUCCACCAGUACCCGAUAAGAUGGAUAAGUGGGUUCAGGCUGCGGGUUCGAUGAUCUGUGCAAUUCUCUUCAGUAUAAUUGUGGCCAAGGCUUUAAACCUCAUUGGCAAACUAUUUGUUCCGCAAACCGAAACUACCGAGGCCAAUGAAGCUAUGACGGAAGCAGGAGAAGUCCGUCCAGUAGAUGAUCAUCAACAGGAUACAGAGGCCGUAAAAGAGGAAGAAAAGCCCCCAGUUGAACGAUCAGGUAGCCGGUUGGGACGACUAGGCGUUACCGUCGAUCGUUGGCUCGUGCGAUUUCUCCUCAUGGAUACAACAGCUGAUAUCAGUAUCACGCUGACGAUCUUCAAUCUGAUCACCACAGUUAUAUACUACCUCGUAUACUUUGAUGGGACUGGAACGAUCAAUCCAGAAUGGACAAGCGUACUGGGCUAG